CGCCCCUCCGCGCUAUUUAAGGCGCCCCCGCCGUCCGGCGCCGUCCAGCAGGGCUCCCGCGGGCGCCGCUCCGCCGUCGCUCUAACCCCGCCGCCACCUGGGCCACCCGGCAGGCAGGCGACGGAGGAGGCCGGGUAGCCAUGGGUGACUGGGGCUUCCUCGAGAAGCUGCUGGACCAAGUCCAGGAGCACUCGACUGUAGUGGGCAAGAUCUGGCUGACGGUGCUUUUCAUCUUCCGCAUCCUCAUCCUGGGCCUGGCUGGCGAGUCCGUGUGGGGCGACGAGCAGUCAGAUUUCGAGUGUAACACGGCCCAGCCGGGCUGCACCAAUGUCUGCUAUGACCAGGCCUUCCCGAUCUCCCACAUCCGCUACUGGGUGCUGCAGUUCCUUUUUGUCAGCACACCCACCCUGGUCUACCUGGGCCACGUCAUCUAUCUGUCCCGGCGUGAAGAGCGGCUGCGGCAGAAGGAGGGGGAGCUGCGGGCGCUGCCAGCCAAGGACCCACGCGUGGAGCGAGCACUGGCAGCCAUAGAGCGUCAGAUGGCCAAGAUCUCGGUGGCAGAGGACGGCCGCCUGCGGAUCCGCGGGGCGCUCAUGGGCACCUAUGUGGCCAGCGUGCUCUGCAAAAGUGUGCUGGAGGCAGGAUUCCUGUAUGGCCAGUGGCGUCUCUAUGGCUGGACCAUGGAGCCAGUGUUCGUGUGCCAGCGCGCCCCCUGCCCCUACCUCGUAGACUGCUUCGUCUCGCGCCCCACAGAGAAGACUAUCUUCAUCAUCUUCAUGCUGGUGGUCGGACUCAUCUCCUUGGUGCUCAACCUGCUGGAGCUGGGACACCUGCUGUGCCGCUGCCUCAGCCGGGGGGUGAGGGCCCGGCAGGGCCAGGAUGUGCCCCUGGCCCAGCGCACCUCCUCGGAGCCCUACCCUGACCAGGUCUUCUUCUACCUCCCCGUGGGCGAGGGCCCCUCGUCCCCGCCUUGCCCUACCUACAAUGGGCUCUCAUCCAGUGAGCAGAACUGGGCCAACCUGACUACGGAGGAGAGGCUGGCUUCUUCCAGGGCCCCCCUCUUCCUGGACCCGCCUCCCGAGAGUGGUCAGAAAUCCCCCAGUCGCCCCAGCAGCUCUGCUUCCAAGAAGCAGUAUGUGUAGGGGGCUGGGGCUUAUGUCACCCAACAGAGGGGCCCAGGGAGGUCUGGCUGCCUUGGAUGCCCUCUCCCUAAAGACUGCAGGAAAGAGGGGAGCAAGGGAAGCAGAUGCUUGCUGGCCAGGAGCCCUCAUUGCAGAUUGUGUUUGAGCAUCUGGGGCUUUCCUGGUGACCAGAGGGGCACCAUGGAUCCCCCUCCAGAACAUGACUCUGCCACAGGCACAGACAAAGCCAGCUUGGGGUGCUCCAGACCAAGGGCCUUGUGGGGCCUCUGGACUUUUUCACCUGGUUCAGAGCAACCCGGAGCCAAUUUACCCCUCCCUCAUGAAAGAUUCACCUCUGCCCAUGUUGUCCUCACAGGAAAGGGCUGGUUGAGGCUGCUGGGUCAGAGAGCUCACACACAGCCUGUGCUGGAUCUGGCCCUGUCGAGGGGACUGGUGUCUCGUUCUCACUCCUUCCUAGUUCCACUGUUUAUGCUUCUAAAAUAAACAAGACUUGGUCACAA